AUGUAUUUAUCAAAACGAAAACAACACCUGUUGGAUCUUAAAUUUUGUCAAAAAUAUUCAUUUGAAAUUCUUCUUUCAUUAGAAGGUUCAACAGCAAUAAGAUUAAGAAAGAAAGAAUUAAUUGAAUGGUUAAAGAAAGAAAAUAUCAACGAAUAUGAAGAGUAUUUUAGAAUAAAUUUUCUUCACAUUUUUAAUUUAGAAAUGUAUCUAAAAUUAUAUAAAAACAAUUUUACUCUUAAAAAAGAAACUUGGCAAAUUGUUUUUUUCUUGAUUGGAGAUAUUGAGAAUAUAUUUGAUUCAAUUUGUAGAGUUUUUGGAAAUAAUUUUAUUACGAUUAUUUCUGAAGCUGAUUAUAGAAAACAGUUUAAUAACGAAAAAUCACCAGCUUUUGUAGUUAAAGAAUUCGUACGAAAUGAGUGGGAUAUGAUAUUUUAUGAUAUUUACGAUAGAAGAAAAUUUUUAUUUUUCAUUACAAAAUUUGAAGUUGACGAAUGGAAAAAGAAUUUCGGUAAAUUAAUGUAUUGUAAUGAAAAACACUACAAAGAAAAGAUGAGUUGGAGAUUGGGGGAAGCAACAAUUUUAAACUUGAAGGAGAAAAAAGAAAGUAAAAUAGAUACAAUUUUAAAUGAUAGUUUAACAAAUUAUAAAUUUUCACCAAAUUCAUAUGCUUAA